AUGGUUGAAUUUCUUAACCACCAACAGGAUGGCUGGAAGCUGGUGCUGCUGUUUGUGCAGAUGGACAGCGUUUGCGUCUGCCCUGAACAGGUUGACAGAACAGUUCAGCAGGUUGAGAAGACUCUUGAAUUCUUAAGCUCGCAGCUGGAGAAGGCUGUUGUCAAUGUCAUUGUGUGGGACAGCUCAGCCAGACCUGGGUAUCUCCAGCAAAGCAGAGUUUGUCCCUGCGAUGAGGUGCGGACGGCAGGAGAGCUGCGGCUGAUGAGGGCCGUACUGCCCCAGCUCCUACAGGAGACUCUACAACGCCACCUGGUGGACAAGACGUUCUACAGCAACAAGGAUGAUUUCACUGUGGUGCUGCAGAACUCACCCAUGUCUGCUGACCUGCCUGCAAGUGCGUCUGGGCCCUACACUGUGGAUGAGUCGCUCAACAUGAACAAGCUGGCUGUCCAGUUGUGGGCAAACCUGCUUCAGCCGAAUGACGAGCAACAGAGUGCGGAUGGCAAGAGCUUCAGAAUCCCGUGCCCAAGUGAGGAGCGUCCAUACCUGAGGACUGAGAGAAACACCCCAUCAGAGACCUACGUGACCACUGCGGCUCCUGAGAUCGACCCAGUAAUGGGGACUGAUCUGCCAUGUGUGGAGCGUAGUCCUUCUCCCGUCACACCAACCUCAGUGCAUGAGCUUCGUCCAGCCGAUAUAAGAGUGGUGGCAGCUAUAGGGGACUCCCUGACGGCGGGUAAUGGCCUGGGUGCCUCCCCUAAUAACCUGCUCCAGGUUCUGACCCAGUACCGUGGCUUGUCCUGGAGUGUGGGCGGAGACAAGAACCUGUCACAUGUCACCACACUUCCCAACAUCCUCAAGGAGUUCAAUGGCAAUGUGACGGGCUUCUCAGAGGGAAUAGGAAGAGAGGACACGCCACAAGCGUUCCUCAACCAGGCCGUCGCAGGGGCCAAAGCUGCGAACCUGUUAGGGCAGGCUCGGGACUUGGUGCAAAGGAUGAAGACAGACUCUCGUGUGGACUUCCAGAAUGACUGGAAGGUCAUCACCGUGUUCAUCGGAGGAAACGACAUGUGUGACUACUGCAAGAAUGCUGUGAGUAUUCCACUAGCUUCAUAUCAGGCUGUAGCGUACCAGUGCCAACUGUGUGGUCUAUGA